AUGCGUUCUUUUAUUCUUCCUGUGCUCGCUACGGCUGCGUUGUCGCAAGCCUCAGCCAUUCCGUCCGAAUUACUUUCUUCGAAGCGUGCCGUCGGAAACUGGGACGAUGCCCAUGCGAAAGCGACUGCUGCUCUUGCCAAACUAUCACAGAGCGAGAAGAUCGGCAUCGUUACGGGUGUUGGCUGGCAGAACGGUAACUGCGUUGGCAACACCAAACCGGCUGCCUCGAUUGGAUAUCCGUCGCUCUGUCUGCAAGAUGGACCCCUCGGCGUUCGCUACAUCCAAGGUGUAACUGCAUUCAGUGCAGCUAUCCAUGCCGCCAGCACCUGGGACCUCGAUCUCAUUCGUGAACGCGGCGCCUUCCUUGGUGCUGAAGCAAAGGAGCUGGGCGUCCACGUCCAGCUCGGGCCUUCAGCUGGACCUCUCGGAAAGUUUGCCAAUGGUGGCCGAAACUGGGAAGGAUUCGGUUCCGAUCCCUACCUCCAAGGCAUUAUGAUGGCAGAGACCAUUGAGGGUAUGCAAGAAUCCGGUGUUCAGGCGACAGCUAAGCACUGGAUCGUCAACGAACAAGAGCUCAACCGAGAGACUAUGAGCUCAGAUGUGUCGGAUCGAGUGCUUCGCGAGCUUUAUGUGUGGCCAUUCAUGGAUGCUGUCCACAGCAAUGUUGCGGCCUUCAUGUGCAGUUACAACAAGGUCAACGGAACUUGGGCCUGCGAGAGCGAUGGUGUGAUGAACAAGCUCUUGAAAGACGAACUUGGCCAUCGUGGAUACAUCAUGAGUGACUGGAAUGCUCAACACACGACGACCGGCAGUGCAAACGGUGGAAUGGACAUGACCAUGCCCGGCACCGACUUCAGUGGUGGAAACGUCUUCUGGGGCCCACAGCUUCAGUCCGCCAUCGACAAAAAGCAGGUUCAACAAUCUCGCCUCGAUGACAUGGUCAAGCGCGUACUCUCUUCCUGGUACCUCCUUGGUCAGGACAAGGGCUAUCCCAAUGCCACCUUUAGCUCCUGGAACAUCGGCACUCGUCAGGUCGGCGGCAACCACAAGACAAACGUCCGUGCUACGGCCCGCGAUGGUAUCGUCUUGUUGAAGAACACAAACGCUACAUUGCCCUUCAAGAAGCCCAAGAGCAUCGCUGUCAUCGGAAGCGACAGCAUCGUUGCGCCUAAGGGAGCUAACGCAUGCGUUGAUCGCGGAUGCAACGACGGCACGCUAGCUAUGGGUUGGGGAUCUGGAUCAGUGGAGUUCCCCUACCUCAUCGCUCCUCUCGAUGCAAUGAAGACGCAAGCCCAGAAAGACGGCACCACCAUCACCUCUUCACCAAACGACAAUGCGCAACAGGGAGCUAGUGCAGCUCAGAACGCUGAUGUAGCUGUCGUGUGCAUCAACAGCGAUGGUGGCGAAGGAUACAUCACUGUUGAGGGCAACGCUGGCGACCGAACUAACCUGGACCCGUGGCACAACGGAAACGAGUUGGUCAAGGCAGUUGCUGCCGUCAACAAGAAGACAGUUGUCGUGGUCCACAGUGUCGGCCCCGUCAUCAUGGAACAAUGGAUCGAGAACCCGAACGUAGUAGCUGUUGUAUGGGCAGGCCUGCCAGGUCAGGAGUCCGGAAACGGCCUCGUCGACAUCCUCUACGGCGCUGCCUCGCCAAGCGGCAAGCUCCCCUACACCAUUGCGAAGAAGGAAUCAGACUACGGUACCACCAUUGCCAGGGGUGACGACAAGAACUGGGACCUCUUCAUCGACUACCGUCGUUUUGACCAGCAGAACAUUACACCCAGAUUCGAGUUCGGCUUCGGUCUCUCCUACACCAACUUCACCUACUCCGAGCUCAGCGUCUCAGGCAAGCCCUCGGCUGGUCCCGCAACCGGUGCCAAGGGUCCCGGAGGCCCUGUCGAUCUCUUCGAGACGGUCGCAACCAUCACAGCCAAGAUCAACAACUCCGGUGGUGUUGCAGGUGCAGAAGUACCACAGCUGUAUCUCGGCUACCCUGCAUCAACCAACUCGCCUCCCAAGCAAUUGAGGGGUUUUGCGAAGCUCAAGUUGGCAGCUGGUGCGAGCGGAACUGCUACCUUCAAGCUGAGGAGAAGGGAUAUGAGCUUCUGGGAUGAGAAGACUAGGAAGUGGAGUGUUGCGACUGGAGAGUACAAGAUCUUUGUAGGAUCGAGUUCCAGGGAUGUGAGGCUGACAGGCAAGAUCACUGUUUAG